AUGGAUCCUCCGAAUCUCCUUCUCUUGCUUCUUCUCAUGUUUGCUCCCACCAUAAACGCCCAAUUCCCAGUGACCCACUGUGGUUCGACCGGCAACUUUACCGCCAACAGCCCCUACCAAACAACCCUCACCACCCUCCUCUCCUCCAUCUCCACCGCCAACCCCUCGUCCUUCUCCUAUGGCUCCUUCAAUGCCUCCACCAUCGUCUCCGGCACCUCCCAAACCCUCUACGCCCUUGGCCUCUGCCGCGGUGACCUGACCGCCCUGAGCUGCCGCGCCUGCCUCGAUGUCUUGGCCUCCGACAUUCGCCGCCUCUGUCCCCUCCUGAAGGAGGCACUCCUCUACGGUGAUAACUGCGUCAUCCGGUAUUCGGACGCUUCGUUCUUCGGCGCAGUCGCAACAGAACCAUCCUACGUGGUGAGAACCCCUUACAACGUCUCGAGCCCAGACACGUACGACGCAGCGCUGAAGAAGCUCCUGAACGAUCUAUGGCCCAAGGCGGCGAGUGGCGGCUCGCUGAGAAAGUACGCGUCGGGGAAUGAAUCAGCGGGGCCUGACAUGAUCUACGCGUUGGUACAGUGCACCCCGGACUUGACGGAGCAGCAAUGCAGCGACUGCCUGGUGAUAGGCGUCCAGACGAUCAGGGACUGCUGUGCCAGGUACACAGGAGGACGGUUCAUGGUGCCAAGUUGUCUGAUCCUGUACGAGACCAAUAAUCAGUUCUUCGACAAGGUUAGCCAGCCACUUCCCCCACCGCCACCGCCGUCACCCCCACUGCCACCGCCAUCGCCAUCGAAGGGGGCAGAUGUGCUGCCUCCACCACCUGUUGGAAAUAGCAAUUCGACGAGGACCGUGAUAAUUGUGGUCGUCACAAGUGUUUCGGCACUGCUUGUCAUCGGCGUUGUCAUUGUGCUCCUGAAAGUGAAAAGGAAGAUGAAGCAGCCCAGACAGAGUAUUGAAGGUGAAGUUGUCCAUGAAAUUAGCACAGCACAGUCACUGCAAUUUGAUUUUGGCACUAUUAGAGCGGCAACGGAUAACUUCUCUGAUUCCAAAAAGCUUGGACAAGGCGGUUUUGGUGCUGUUUACAGGGGUCAGCUCUCAAACGGACGGGAAAUCGCGGUGAAACGGUUGUCGCAAAAUUCCAGCCAAGGUGAAGUAGAGUUCAAGAACGAGGUCAUGUUACUAGCUAGGCUACAACAUAGGAACUUGGUCAGGCUCCUAGGUUUCUGUCUGGAAGGAGUUGAACAGCUUCUCAUUUACGAGUUUGUGCCCAAUUCGAGCCUUGAUCAAGUCAUAUUUGAUCCCCUAAAGCGUGUGGAUCUCAACUGGGAUAGACGAUACAAAAUAAUAAUGGGUGUUGUUCGAGGGAUGCUUUACCUACACGAAGACUCUCGACUUCGUAUCAUCCAUCGGGACCUCAAAGCAAGCAACAUUUUGUUGGACUUUGACAUGAAUCCUAAGAUAUCAGAUUUCGGUAUGGUGAGGUUUUUUGAGUUGGACCAAACUCAGGCAGAGACAAACCGAAUCGUGGGGACCCACGGAUACAUGGCGCCAGAGUAUGUGAUGAACGGAAACUUCUCGGUCAAGUCAGAUGUAUUUAGUUUCGGAGUGUUGAUUCUGGAGAUUAUAAGUGGUCAGAGGAACAAUCACUGCAUGGACAAUAACAUUGAGAUCCUAAUAAGCUAUGUUUGGAAGAAUUGGAGGGAAGGAUCAAUAUCGAACAUCAUUGAUCCCUUUAUAACUUCUGGUUCAAGUACUGAAAUUGAGAGGUGUAUCCACAUUGGUCUACUAUGUGUCCAAGAAAACGCGGCUAGUCGGCCAACGAUGGCCUCAGUCCUCCUCAUGCUUAACAACCACUUGGUCGAUCUCCAAGUGCCGUUGAGACCCGCGUUCUUCAUGCACAGCACCAUUGAAUUUGAUGCGUCAUCUACACAGGAUUACAAUUCGAGGGAAUCUGAGGUCGAGGGAUCAAGAAACAAAACUAACCAGUUCUCGAGAAAUGAGGCCUCUAUGACCGAGUUGUAUCCACGAUAG